GUGCUAUUCUCAGAAAUGUUACAGAUUUUCUUCUUUCUUCUAGGCAUUGAUUUUAAAGUGAAGUGUAUAACACUGAAUGGUACAAGAGUGAAACUUCAAAUAUGGGAUACUGCUGGCCAGGAACGAUUCCAUACACUCAGUACAAACUAUUUUCGUGGAGCACAAGGCUUUGUUCUUGUAUAUGACAUCACAAAUCUGGAUAGUUUUCAAGGUGUAACGAGCUGGAUGAAAGACAUACAUGAGAAAGCAGGUGAUGAAGUGGACAUAAUACUGCUGGGCAACAAGUGUGAUAAGGAAUCAGAACGUGUAGUUCCAAAACAUAAAGGAGAAAAGCUUGCUUGGGAACAUGGGAUACCCUUUUUUGAAACCAGUGCCAAAGAUAACGUGAACAUUGAGGAUGCAUUUUCAGUUUUGACUAAGGAAAUACUGGAAAAGAAAUCCUGGGUAUUAUAUGACUUAGAUGUUGUGGAUCUAAAUGAAAGUAAGAAGAGAACCUGCUGUGCAUUCUGAAAUAUCGUUUAUUAUUUCAUUUCCUCUUCAGAGAAUAUUAACUAUUACAAGGGAACAUAAAAAUUUUUAAAAGGGAUUCUGUAAUCCCAAAGCACAGAAUUUAGGCAUCCUUUUUAUUACAGAAACGUUGCUGCCAAAUAUUUUGACAUGUUUAUAUUUUUUUAUUUUUAAUAUGAAUUUAAAAUAAUUAUCUGACGUUUGAAUCAUUUGCAUGCAAAUGGUUGCACAGGUGAAAUCUAAAUGUACUAAUUUUUCUCUUAUUAAAAACAUGUACUUUAACAUUUUUUUGUCCUAUUCGUAUCAGAUUUUUAAUUUUCAUGAACAUUGGCAUCACACAGGCAACCUUUCAAUACAUGAAAUCAUUUAUACUGUCCUCGAGAUAACAUAUGUUUAAUCAGCUUAUACUCAGUGUUGUCCUGUAAGAUGAUUUUCUGCAGAUUUUUGGUUUUGUUUCUUUAAUAUCCAUUUCUGAAAUGUAUGUCUUACUGGAAAACUUUUGAAUAGGGAAGUUGCAGAGAUGAUGGCUGAGAUAAAAGAAUAUACCAUACACAGUAUCUGUGGGUUGCUGAGCCCCCCUUAGAAAGUAGAAAAUAUAAAACAACAGAAUGCUCGUAUAGCCUUAUCAUUCCAUAGAAACAUUCACAUGGGUUUUAGCAGCAUACCUGCAUUUCCAAGAGUUCUUUUUGUCAUAAAUGAUGACUGUGUUAAAAAUGUAUGCAGUGUUUGUUUGAUUUGUAUUAUUUUCUUAGAGUAUAAAUACAUCAGGGAUCUGA